AGUUCGGCUGCGGAUUCCCGAUUCUGGAUACCUUGGAUACACCUUCGGUCCGUUGAAGCGAGCUCGCUUUGCUCUCCAACAACAUGUCGUCUUCAGGCCCCACCGGCUUCCUGGGCCGGUCCAGCAGCAGCAAUGCCAACAUGCGCGGCCUGGUUCAGUUCAUCGCCGAUCUGAGAAAUGCUCGUGCACGCGAGCUCGAGGAGAAGCGAAUCAACAAGGAGCUGGCCAACAUCCGGUAUGUCUGCCGCACACUCGAGCACCCUGCUCAAAGCUCCGUGCUAACCCUCCCGGCGCAUCCAGGCAAAAGUUCAAGGGUUUGUCACGUCCAUGCCACGUUCGUCCGCUCCCGAGCGGCAUGCUAACUCGACUCGACCGUAGACGGCAAUCUCAGCGGGUACCACAAGAAGAAAUACGUCUGCAAGCUUCUCUACAUCUACAUCCUCGGC